GGAAUUUGCAAAUUUAAUCGGAGUCUUAUCCAACCCUGCAAACUGUCAAACGUGCGUCGUGAAUCAAAAAAAAACAACACCGGCACUGCACAAAAUCGCACAUCUACUACAUAGAAACACAUAUCGCCAUUGAUGUUGCGGAAUUUGCCAGCUAAUGAUAUAGUGAAACAUGAAUUGGUACGAAAUUGAUGCAGAUGAAAGACGCAGCUCGGGAUUUCCAGAGCGCGUAAUUCCUGGCUACGGCCAUCAGAGUGACAAACAUCCGGAUAACUUUGGUGGCGGCAUCAUCAAUGGCGGCAAGUGGGGAUGGAUCACAAACAGGUACUCAAACGAUGCCACUCUGUUGAUCUGUUCGCUGAGGGCGGGCAAGUGCAUUAUGCGUCACAUAUUCUGGAGAGAAGAGGCCGAAAGUAGCCAGCGCUGCAGCAUCAGUUGUGUGGAGGAGCUCUUCCCUGGCCAAAAGGACGGAACGAAAUGGCUCGCCGUCUGCCUGGAGACGUGGAACGAUAAGGAAAGCCGGCCCGAGAACUGUGCCAACGCCAACACACAGAUUGCCAUCUUCUCGACAGCCUACAAUCAGGUGCUUCGCUGCAUCGAUCUGGACGGCCUCUACUGCAGCACCCUCACGUUUCUGGACACCCAGAUGUGCCAGCGCACGCUUCUUCGCAACUUUGAUGGCUGCCUGGCGGUGGGCACAAAUGAGGGGGCCGUUCUGCUGUGCGACAUAAAAUGCAACAUUCUGAUGGAAAGUCGCAGUCAAAACAUUAGACUGCCGCUGAGUGAGAUCAUUUGUGGGCAGGUGGUCCGAAGGCAAUCCUUCGAGUGCUCCACGCACGCAAUAAAUACUUGGCUGAAAGAACAGGAAUGCAGCCGCGACUGCUAUGGCCACUUGGCAGUGGAGGUGGAUGUGGGCACGAGCGAGGUGCGCUGCCUUAUAUCUGUUAACUUCAUCACUGGCUUUGCCGCUGGCCUCAAGGAUGGCCGCAUUGUGAUCUACGAUCUGGAUAGUUUCCAUAUCACCGCCGUACUUCAACCUCCCGGGUUUGUGGUGGCCAGUGUUGAGCGACUCUGCUGCGUUGUGCCACGAGAUGAUCCCAAGCCCUGCCUCUUCGUAUUCGGCAUGUACGGUGGGGCCACCGAUAUGACCACCCUCCUCCAUUCCAUCCACUACAGCCACUCCUAUGCGGAUGACGAAAGCCAGGAGAUCCUCUUUAAGAACAUUAGGAGCACCGCAAUCUGCGCUAAUCUGCUGCUCGAUAGCGGCCCCUGCUCCAUCCUUGGCUGCUCAACGGCCUCCUCAUUCAGCUCUUGCGGCGACAAUGGCACCCUCCUGGCCUUAUUCAGCUGGUACUCGCACAAUGAGGGCAGGAACAAGCUUCUACUCUUCGACAUGAAUCAGUGGUACAAGGACGAGAUGCCCACCUGCCUGAACCCGAACCAGAAUUUCAACUUUCUGGCCGGCUAUUCACUGCCUGGCCAGGCCCCAGGCCUGAGCUUUCACCUGGACGCCGCAACUAUUAAGCAUUUCAUUUCGUUGCAGCGCUACGAUGAGCAUUUCUAUCCCAUUUCAUUGAGCUUUGAUUUCUCCCUGCUAACAGCCGGGGGCUGUCAGUACUAUGUCCAUGAGGGGCUGCAGCGGCGCUUUCUGCGAAACUUCCAGGCGGAGAAGGCCCCGCUCUUCUUGAUGGCUGAGGAAACACACAAGAACAUUGUUGGCCUGCGCCUCAUGCCUCAGUUCAGUGAGCUCCAACCCGAUGCCACAUUCUCCAAGAUGGCCAUCUAUGAGGAGAUCCUCUCGGUGGCCCUCGAACACGGAUUAAUGGGACUGCUAAAGAAUUGUGCAAAGAGCUGGAUCGAUGGCAGCUACCUGCGCAACCUGCGGGAUCCCACAACACUCUCCCUGUCGACCCUCACCAACUGGAUAAUGAAGCGCGCCGCACAGAUUAAAGCGCGCUGCUCGGAGCUGUGCCAGGGCAUCUUUGACUACGGCGGCUAUCCCCUGGACGAGCGCGAGCACAAGGAGUUCAGCGUGCUAAACGGCCAGUUGGGCAAUCUGGACAGCCUGCAGUCGUACAUCGCGAGUUUGGGCAAGCGCAGCCUGGCUCAUUCGCUCCUCAGCGAAAUCGAGACCAAUGGACAGAUGCUCCGCACAGUCCAUGCCUACCAGAAAGUGCUACUGUACUUCAUUAAUUGGGGACUGCUGCCAGAAGGCCAGCAGCUUGAACAGAAGGAGGAGGACGGGCAGCAGCAUUCGGCCCUAGUGAAGAUGCGACGCGACUACGCAGAAAGAGGCUUGUCUAGGCGUGGUACUCUCUACAUCGAUCGCCUGUUGCAGCGUAUUUCCCAAGAGAGCGGCGGUGUACCCGUUUCCCUGGAGUAUCCUCCAGACACGCAGUCCAUCAUGAAUUUGAUGCUGUCGGCGAACAUCGAUAUGGAUCACAAGCAUGAGGUCAUUUUGUACUUGCUGCUCGAUCUGGAUGUCCAUAUGCCGAAAGUGAAACCCAGCAGCAGGUUUAGCACCGGAUUCCGUCUCAAAAAGAAUCUCGUGUUGCGCGUGAAGUCCCUCUGGGCCCUGGAUCACGAUGAUCAUUCGGCAUGCAUAAGACUGCAGUCGAGCUCGAAUUGUUCGGACUUUACCUAUCUGAACUGGCAUGUGGAGCUGCUGGUGGAAACUCUCCUGGCCAAGGGCGCCAUCACGGAGGCCAUGAGCGUGGUGGGUCGGCCACCGGGGCCGCUUUCCACGCUGACGCACCUGAAGGUCCUGGUGGCCAGCAAGAACAUACCCGAGGCCUUCGAGUAUGCCCGGCGCAAUGACGACGACGUAACGGGCCGGCCGCUGCUGGAGUACUUCUUCCGGCAGUGCAUCGAGGACCGGCAGUUCAAGGCUCUGGCCCAGCUGUGCCUGCGCGAAUCGGAGGAGGAGCUCGCCCUGAGCCUGCUCAGGGAGUGCAAGACCCCGCUGACGGAUAGCGUUCAGCUGAUUCUGCUUCUGCAUAAGUCCAAGUACAUUGAGGCGGUCUCCUUGAUGGACGAGGUGGCCGCCGAGCGGCAGAUCGCCGACGAUUCCACCCGAGCGAUUAUCUCUGCCUACCGCUCAACGAUGAACCCCGUUUCUCAGACCCUUGCCGGCGACUACUUCCGCAUCCGCGAGAAUCUGGACGUGGCGCCGGCCGAGAACGUCCAUCCGGAGCCCUUCAGCAGUCAGCUGGCCAGAAACCCUUUCAGGGGACUGAAGGGCAGCGUCUUUCAGAGCUCUGCCCUCGGCGCCCACUGGGCCACGCACUACAACAUGGACUCAUCGUCGAAGGGCAAGGCGAUCCCCUGCCACCAGGUGCCCUUCCUGCGGAGCUCGAUGUACGGCAUGAGCCAGCUGCCCCGUCGCCGUCGCACUUUGCGUCCCGUGCCCCACCAGGCGGUGAAGAAGCGUGAACGCGAGCAGGAGGAACCUGAGCAGGCCGGCGGCGGCGGCUCCCAGUUGAACCUGCAGCCACCCAAGCGGCGCCGUAUGCUGAGCGAACACUUCGUGAAGGGUGUCUGCGACUUUGUUGGGAAUAAGUUCUAUCCGAAAUCGGAUCAAGACCAGACCGAUGAUGAUCAGCAACCCAAGCCCAGUGAGCUGCUCCAACUGCCGACGUUCCUGCAGGCAAAGAAGCAGCCGCCGCUCCAGCAAAAGACCACUCCACCGCCAGUGACCAUACUAAAGCGGCGACCGGGCCUCGACGCAGGGGCCGGUACUCCACCGCUGGCCACGGCUAAGCCAAAGCGGUUUUGCUUCAUGCCGCCAAUGCCAUUGCAAUGCCAUGGCUUUCCCGAUAGCGACGCCAUGGAGGUGGAUGAGGAGGAGCAAGAUGAGGAGGAGCAAGAGGAGGAGGAGGAGACUGACGAGAUCAUUGUGGAAAUCGAGCCGCCAGCUGGUUUCCUACCCUUCGCCUCGGACAACAGCCAGUCGGAUGAUGAUGAGGAUGAGGAUGAGGAUGAGUUUAUGUCGCCCCUGAGUUCACCAUAUACUUCGAUGGUCAGCCCGAGAUUGAUGCCAGCUCCAGAGAAACAUCUCGAGAAGUCUCCCCGCCCCAUGGCUCCGCCUGCUGGGCCGCAGCCCCGCAGCUCGCUCAUCCAGGCUGGAAAGAGCGAGAGCAGCAGCGGAUUUGGGAGCUUUGCCUCUAUCCUCACGGCCGAAACGGCAUCCCACGAGUUUGCCCCCACCGUCUGCUCCUCGAAAAUGGGAACACAGUCGAUAUUUUCCUCAGGUACGGCCACCGCAACCUCCACCGCCACCACCUCUGUUAAGAUCUCAGAGCGUACCACCAUAUGUGUUGAGAUGGAUGAUCCCGAAACGGAGCCAGAGUCAACAGCAUCGGGGGGCAGGUCCGACUGGUAUGCGCCAUCAGUUAACUUGCAGGAGCAGGAAGAGGAGCAGGAGCAAGAGCAGGGGCAGAAAGAGGUCCAAAUGCUGGACACCACUCUGGGCAUGUCCACAUACGAUGUGACGACAGCUGAGCAGCGGGAGGAGGAGUCGCUUUUCUCGCCGGAGAUCGAGGAUGAAAUGAUUCUGGCGGAGGUCGAGGCGGAGCAACUGGAGAAGGAAGAGGAACUGAUGGAGGAGUAUCUGCAGGAGGCCCAGGAGGAAGGACAGCUGCAGGAGAGGCCCAGCAGCUACAAUCGAACGUACAUGGGCAGCUCCGAUGAUCCGCCGCAGGAGCGCAGCUCCUCGCCCUCCCUGAGCCUCAGCAGCGAAAUGUCGAACCUCUCCUCGCCCCGCACCCUGCCGGAGACCAUCCAGGGUGGCGAUGGCAUGUACUCGAUUGUCAUUGAGUCGACGGGCUCCAUAACCACAUCGCGUUCGGUCACGCACACGCCCACAUCCUUUCUGCCCAGCGACACAAAUGUUUCCCAGAACUCGAGUCCACGGGCAACGCGCGGCACUGGCGGGGAUGGCUCACCGCGUGCCCUGUACCGGGCCAAUAGCCUCGAGACCGUGGAUGAUCUGGAUACCACCAAGGGCUCCCUGGAGGAGGAGGAGGAGGAUGAUGAGGACGACUGUGUGAUCGCCCUGGACGGCACCCGGGUCGGUGACUAUGUGGCCCGCCCCUCUCAAUCGGCGCCCUCCAGCAGUGCCGAGCUGUUCGCCUUCAAAGAUGAGACCCAGAAGGAGAACGGCCCUGGCGACGGCCCCUCUCUCUCAGUUGGAGCUACGGCUACGGACACAUCAAUCGUCAUUUUGAGCAGCAGUGAAGAUGAGGCUGAAGAUGAGGCUGAAGAUGAGGCUGAAGAUGAGGCUGAAGAUGAGGGUGAAGAUGAGGGUAAAGAUGAGGCUGAAGAUGAGGCUGAAAAUGAGGCUGAAAAUGAGGACAAGUCUCCAUCGAAGUCAAGCUCCAUAGCAGCCUCGGACUCGGGUUCAGGAUCAGAAGAGGGAUCAAGCUCAAAAUCAGAGACGGACUCGAAAUCGUCAACUUCAUCGCAAUCUAGAUCAUCCCCGACGCAAUCCAGUUCUAGUUCUAGUUCUACAUGCUCAUCUAGUAAUGACGCAGCAUCACCAGAAAAGAAGAUGCAUCUCGCCACGCUGCCCGAAAUUGAGGAGGUAGACGUUGAGGUCGAGUCGGAGGAUGAGAACGAUGAAGCCCAGCAGAACGUUCCCGAAGAGAAGAAGGAGGAUGAAAACGAUGAAGGUCAGCAGAACGUUCCCGAAGAGAAGAAGGAGGAUGAAAACGAUGAAGCCCAGCAGAACGUUCCCGAAGUGAAGAAGGAGGAUGAGAACGAUGAAGCCCAGCAGAACGUUCCCGAAGAGAAGAAGAAAUCUGAAUCAAAGGACGAGCAGCAGCUGCAGGCCGAAGAUGAGCCACAGACGACGUCCCAUGAAGACCAUGACGACUCCAAACUAAGUCUGACGUUGGCCUUCUCCGACAAUGAGGACGAGCGGGCUCCAACAGUAGCUUCGCCAGUUACCUCACGUGUCCUCCGCCCGCGGGCCCACCCUGGGAACAGGACGCGCCUGCGCAGUGACGAUGGUCCGCCCAAGAGCUCUGCGGGCGGCUUCGAACGAGCCGUGUCCACACCACCUUUGUCGAUGCCAAAGCGCCGCAACUCGGGACAGCACAAGAAUCCGCUGGAGGUGAUCGACGAGCAGAAAUCUCUGGACUCUGGUUCUCCGAUGCUGCGCACAUCCGCGCGCACCAAGCGAGCCACCUCCACAAUUAGGGAGGCGACCGGGGAGACGAAAAAAACAGGCGAACCCCGGCGUGGCCGUGGUGCCAGUGAGCCACCCGUGAAUUCUGGAAAGCUCGGAAAGCAGCGCCGGACAAGCGGAGCCGAGGAGAAAUUGCCCGAAGAUUCCACGCUUAUAUCAUUGCCUCGUCUGCGGCUUCGAAGCACCAGCAGACGCUCCAGCUUGGCGAUGAGCGAUCAGGAGUCGCCUGCGACCACCCCCAUCCCGCAGACAACUGGACGUGAGCUCCGUCCUCGUCGCAUUCGAACCUCGUCGGAAUCUGCAUCGUCGCCAGCCCCGCGAACAGCCACACCAACUCCGCAGCAGGUGAACAGCGAGGCCAAUGUGCCCCUAAAGAAACGCCUAAGAUCAAAGCCUGUGGUCGACGGCAAUGGCGAAUCCGAAAAGUGAGGGUAACGCACCGCUGAAGGAGGAGGAAGGUGACACACACCACAAGCAACGUAGCAGACACUAGAGACUCUUGUAUUAUUGAAUGGUUACGCCGCCACAUGGGCUUUACUUUAUUUUUGUUUUUUUAGUUGUAUUGACACAAAUUGCCAAAUGGGCAGAUGUGCUUUUCGAGUGUUCAAUAAAUAGUUAGAAUUCCCCCACAUGGCGGACACGUACA